AUGGGCCAGACACAUAGUGCACGGUCCGAGGCUAAUUCCAAAAAACCCGGAGCAUACAGCGAACACCGCCGAUUGAUUGUUUUACCCCAAAAACACAUGCUGGUUAUUAACGAGAAUGUGAACCUCGUAAUGGAAGAGGUGUUAAACAAACUGGAGGCUGAACUCGAAGGCUCCCCUGGUCUGCUUGAUGCUGCCGGUCAUAUUCGCGAGAGCUGUAUUGUGGCUGCCACCACAGUCGCCAGAACGAUGCUACCAAAUAUAGCACAUAAGGACUUGCAUGAGGACUUAGUGAAAAGCGAAGUGCGACUCACAGAUUUGCUUUUCGAUCUAAAGAGCACUAUAGUUGUGGAAAACCAAGUGGCAAUCGGGAUGAUCUGGGCGAGCGCCGUGACACGGGUUGCCUACCAGACGAGGUCGGACAGCAAGGACUACCGAACAGGAAUCUGGGUUGCGAUCCUGGUCGAAGUCGUUCAUAAGAAAGCUGCGGAUCUUGGUUUAGUGGAGUUCAACAAGAUUCGAGGGGUCACGAAGGUUUGA